GUAUAUAUUGGUCAGCGUCAAAUUGGUCGGCAGCAGUUUCCUCUGUAAAUACCACAUUCAACAUGAACACCAAGGUCUUCAUCCUCCUGGGUCUGGCAGCCAUUGCCGCCGCAGACAGCUUCGAGUCCUACGAAUACCGACCACCACAGGGUCGUUCCUCCGAGGAAUCCUACGAGUCCGGGGAGGCCAAGUACAACUUCCAAUGGGCCGUUAAGCACGACGACUCCGGCAACGACUUCGGACACCAGGAGGCCCGUGACGGUGAAGACACUCAGGGAUCCUACUACGUGCACCUCCCCGACGGCCGCCUCCAGACCGUGAGAUACGUCGUGGACGGUGACGACGGCUACGUGGCCGAUGUCAACUACGAGGGCGAGGCUCGUUUCCCUGACUCCUUCGAAUCUGCUUCCUUCGAGUCCCGUGAAUACAGGCCACGAUACGUCUAUGACUCCAACGAGUCCAAGUAAUCACUGAAGCAAUAUUGAUAAAGCCUUCCCGACAAGAAA